AUGCGUGCCGAUCAUGGCAUCAAUGAUCUUCGUCCUCGCCUAGGCCAGGCAGCAUGUGAUGUUCGACAUUGUGCAAAGAAUAUGGGAAAUCACGUCCGUUUAACCAUCAUGCGAGACAAUGAAGUGAAAGCAGCAAUAGACUUCGAGAAAGCAAGAAAGGAGUGGAGGCCUGUCAAAGUUUGGGUCUGCGCUAACAAUCUAGGGAAGAAUCGCCGCAUGAAGAAAAAGCUCCUCUGCACCGGCCUCAGGUGCAAUGAAUUUUCGAUGGCCAUCGAUUUUGUGGCAAGCCAUCCCACUUUUACCGCCUAUGUGGAUUUCUUUGCUACAAAGAAAUUAGCUGCUCACUCACUCCAAAAACCAAGCAGGAGAGGACUGACAUCUCUAUCUGCCUCCAAUUGGCAACGUAGGGGUGGAAUGACCAGUGCUAGAUUCCAGUUCCCAUGGAUUACAAAGAAAUUAGCUGCUCGAUCACUCCAAAAAGCCAAGCAGGAGAGGGCUGACAUCUCUGUCUGCCUCCAAUCGGCAACGCAGGUUAUUGUGACGAGCACAACGGAGCUGGAUUACUUUCUCGAUGUCAGUCUUGACCAGGGGUGGAAUGACAUGUCAGUCUUGACCAGGGGUGGAAUGACCAGUGCCAGAUUCAAGUUCCUAUGGCAGAGAUUCAGCGAGUUGAAGUAG